AUGUCAGAUAGUGAUGGCAUAGAAGCACGAGAGAGCAAGCCGCUCACUGUUGAUAUUCCAAUUACUUCAAAUAAUAAUGAUGAUUCAUUCAAGGGUAAAAUCAAGUCACUUAUCAACAAUGCUAUGGAAAACAACCCAUAUUUUGCUGCAGGUGGUGGGUUAAUGAUUCUGGGUACAGGAUUAGCGCUUGCUAAAAGCGGUGUAGCUAUGGGAAGCAGUUUACUGUAUCGUAAUUUAAUAGUUGAUUUAGAGAUUCAAUCAAAAGACAAGUCAUAUAGUUGGUUCUUAACAUGGAUGGCGAAACAUCCACAAAGAAUUUCAAAACAUUUAGCAGUUAAGACUCAGUAUGUUCAGCAUAAUAACGGCUCAGUUACAACGAAGUUUGAUUUUGUACCUGGACCAGGCAAUCAUUGGAUAAGAUACAAAGGUGCAUUUAUUUAUGUCAAGAGAGAAAGAUCGUCUAGAAUGGUCGAUUUGACUAAUGGCUCUCCAUUUGAAACCGUUUCAUUAACUACAUUGUAUAGAGAUCGAUAUUUAUUUAAUGAAAUUUUGACAGAGGCCAAAGAAUUAGCUGUUAAAUCCUCAGAAGGUAAAACUGUUUUGUAUACAUCUUUUGGUCCCGAAUGGAGGCCAUUUGGGCAACCGAAAGCUAAAAGAGCCAUUGAAUCUGUGAUCUUAGAUAAAAAUAUUAAAGAAGAUAUUCUGAAGGACGUUAAUGAUUUUUUACGAAAUGGUCAAUGGUAUUCUGAAAGAGGUAUACCUUAUAGAAGAGGAUAUUUGCUAUACGGUCCACCUGGAUCAGGCAAAACUAGUUUUAUUCAAGCACUAGCAGGUGCAUUGGAUUACAAUAUAUGUAUAUUAAAUCUAUCAGAGAACAACCUAACAGAUGACAGGCUAAAUCAUCUAAUGAAUAAUAUGCCUGAAAGAAGUGUUCUAUUGUUAGAGGAUAUCGAUGCAGCAUUUAAUAAAAGAACACUGAACAGCGAAUCGGGGUACCAAACAAGUGUAACAUUUAGUGGAUUAUUAAAUGCGUUAGAUGGUGUUACUUCCAGUGAAGAGACAAUUACAUUCAUGACCACAAAUCAUCCCGAAAAAUUGGAUCCGGCUAUUUUAAGACCCGGUAGAGUUGAUUUCAAACAAUUUGUUGGUAAUGCUACAGAGUACCAAAUUAAAAAUAUGUUUUUAAAGUUCUAUCCGAAUGAAAACACACUCUGCAAUGAAUUUAUGAAAAAAGCAGCUUCAUUGAAGAAACCAAUAAGCACAGCCCAAUUACAAGGAUUGUUCGUGAUGAACAAAGAUGAUCCAAAGGCUGCAGUUGCAACCAUAAAUACAAUUUCCGAUCCUAUUAAUUUUAACUAA